AGAAACAGAAAUUGUACUUAUGUUUUUAAAUGCAGAUCAAGAAAUGCAAAACAUCGAUUCUAAUUCAUUAUAUAAUGAAACUACUACUUUGCCCGAAACUCAUCUUACGAUAAGUCAACCUUUAAUACAACAUA